AUGGCGCCGACUACUAGGAGAAGUAAUGGGGUGGCACGUAGGCCAACGGCUCGUCAACCCAUACCCAAAAAUGUGUUGGUAGAGCUGAGCACCAGUCAUAAUAAAGCCUGCAUGUUUUGUGGACAGAAAGAAAUAAGCGAAAAGUUGUAUGGCCUUCUAUAUCAACUCAAUGAUGUUAUUUGCCAUUAUUUUUGUAUUUUAUUAUCGUCGAGGGCCAGUCAAAAUGGUACAGACAGGGAGGGGAUUUGGGGAUUUUUACUAAAAGAUAUAAAAUCCGAACUAACCAGAGGAUCUAAAGAAACUUGUGUUUAUUGCAAGAAAAAGGGCGCAACUAUAUCAUGUUGCGGAGUAAAAUGUCGUAAAGUGUUUCAUCUUCCUUGUGGAAUCAAAAAUGGAUCUAUGCAUCAAUAUUUUCAAUCAUUUAAGUCGUUUUGUCAACAGCAUCGUAUUACCCAAGCUAUAGAUUUAAAAGAGUUACAGACUUCUGCUUCUGUACAAUGUGCUAUUUGCAAAGAUGAUGUGAUACCGUCUCCUUUACCAACUUCUAUUUGGGCACCUUGUUGCAAACGUAAUGCUUGGUUUCACCGAGGAUGUAUUCAAGAUCUAGCAUUGAGUGCAGGCUACUUUUUUAAAUGCCCAUUAUGUAAUAAUGUUGAUACUUUCAAAAGCAGGAUGCUCACCCUUGGAAUUUACAUACCAUCACGGGACGCAUCUUGGGAAACUGUACCCAACGCAUUUGCAGAACUCUUAGAAAGACACAGUGCUUGCAAUGCUCCAACCUGUCUAUGUCCUCAUCAAAAUAGGCGAACACAUCAACAUGAGUCUGGUUCCUGGGAGAUUAUACUCUGCCAUACAUGUGGUUCAAAUGGAACCCAUAGAUUGUGUAGUUCUAUAAAAUGUGAUCAACGCUGGCUUUGUACAGCUUGCACGGUUGUUGCAGAUAAUACCAAGAAAAAACGAUUAGAAUUACCUAUUCAGGGGAAUUGUAGUGCCAUUUCUGUUAUGUUUGAACAAGGGCCAAACAGAAUACCGCGAAGUCGGCCACCACCAGAUGAUACAAUACUUAUUUCUUCAGAUGACAGUAAUGAUAGCCAUGAUAGCAGUAUACAGUGUAUAGCUUAUAUUACUCCACCAGGACCACAGCCACAAAUUAUUCAAACGCCUCAAAAUCGGUUGCCAUUAGUAGCUACUUUCUCAUCAAUGGGCCCAGGUUCUACAAGAAAUCGCUUUAACCGUAGAUUUUCUAUUUCUACAAACCAGUCAAAAUCUUUGACUUAUAUCAUAUCAGAUAGUAUUGAUUUAACUAAAGACGAUGACGAUGGUGCAAAUAACACAUGA